GGUAACACUGGGCUUAUGUUUUUUUUUCAGGCGAGCGGUUCGGACGUCCGCUGUGGAUUUUUAACGGCCGCGGAAGUGCAUUUCUAAUUGUUCUCGCAAAUUCUUUGUGUUGCCUCCGUUCCACAAAAAUUAUGUAAAAAGCGUGGCGGCAGAAUAAGGGGAAAUGUCGAAACGCAAUUAACUCCAACUCAAUUCGCUAUUUCCCCAAUUGUGUCCGUGUUUGUGUGUAGGCUAAGUGCAAGUGUGCGAAACUGCAAUGCGAGUCCGUAUCGAGUUUUCUUGAUUUCCCAACCAGCAAAGGAAAAACCGUGCAACUGCAAUCAAAAGUUCAGCAGCACUUGUAUGGAUAAACGGACCUACCUGUCUAAUAGUGCCGACAAAGCCGACGACGUUGACGGAGACGACGGCCAGUCGAGAUGACGCAGACCAAACAGCCAGCAGGGGGGUCGUCCACCUCGGCCACAGAUUUUGUGGCCCCCGUCACCUCCACGAGCUCAUCCAAAUUCACUCCCUGCUCCGCCUCCGCCCACGAUGUCUUGCUGAACAACUUCCAGCUGAAGAAGAAGAGCUACCGGGUCCUGCUCCAUGGGCAGCAGUUGGUGUGGGAGCGUAUGCAGAAGAUCAAGCAGCCGGCCCAAAACAACCAGACUAAGGCUCCUUUGCCGCCUGACCCGCCCUUUCAGCCUGGGGGGAUCUCCUCCUACGGGCCACAAAGUCAUGUGCUCCACCUGGACGAUGUAAUCAGCAUAAGGAGCGGGGACACCAAGGCAAGCUCCCUCAAACCUCCAACACCGCCCGGUUCCGAACGCAGUUCCAGUUGCAGUGGCGAUGGUGCGCCAGGGAAGCCCACCAGUCAGUACCUGACCAUUAACUAUGCCGUGAGGCUGACAAAAUCCCAAACGGACUGCAACCGCUGGGAGUUGAGGAGACUCACCUUCUUCAACUCGGAUCCCUACAUAGUGCGGCAGUGGGAUCAGGAGCUGCAAAUCCGCCUCCAGAGCUCCUCGCCUGCUCGGAUGCGAGUGCGUCGUCUUUUGGUUUUUAUAAACCCCUACGGAGGUCGUAAAGCGGGAGCUCAGACCUACGAGCGCCAUGUAAGGCCCAUUUUCCAACUCGCUGGAGUGGAUGCCACCUGCAUCACCACUCAGAGGGCAAACCAAGUGAAGGACAUACUGCUGAGCCACGACCUCGGAGUGUACGACGCGGUUUGCUGCGUCGGUGGCGAUGGAACCGUGGCGGAGGUGAUCAACGGACUGAUAUUCCGGCAGAUGCGGGAUCUGGGAUUGGACGAGCAGCGCCCACCCUACAUUCCAAGGCCGGCUCUGCCAGUGGGCGUAAUCCCCGCCGGCAGCACCGACACCAUAGCUUACAGUAUGCAUGGAACGGCGGAUGUGAGAACAGCGGCCAUCCAUGUGAUUCUGGGCCAGCACCGUGGCCUGGAUGUGUGCAGUGUUAGCAAUGGUCAGACCCUACUCAGGUUUUGCGCCAGUGUCUUGAGCUACGGAUACCUGGGCGAUGUGGCCGCCCAAAGUGAGAACUACCGCUGGAUGGGUCCGCGGCGGUACGAGUACAGUGGUGUAAAGGCUUUUCUGAGUAAUCGUGGCUACGACGCGGAGUUGAGGAUGCUGGAAGAGCCCGAUCUGCUGCUGACCACUCCCCUGGAAGAGGUACCGCAGAGUCCGGACAGCGUGUGCUCACUGGGUGAGUCGGUGCCCUCCGUUUGCUAUGCCAAUUGCCAGCGCUGUAGCUUCGCCAGCAGCAUACAGGAGCAGCGAUCUUCUCUGUUCAUUCAGGAAGAAACCAGAGAGUCAGAACGGAAUCAUCGAGAGGAACUAGAGGACUCCCAUCUAGCCCCUAGCGAGGCCGCUCUGCUCAGGCCUCGUCCACGACCAGGAAACCUUCAAUUGCCUACUGGCUCCGUUUCGUCGAUGAGAAACCUCGGCAACGAUCAGUGGAAGGUGGUGCGGGGCAAUUUCUUCAUGAUCUGCGGAGCGAACAUCACUUGCGCUUGCGCCAGGAGUCCCAAUGGCAUCUCCCGCUACAGUCACCUAGGCGACGGUUGCCUGGAUCUGAUUCUGGUCAAGAAGACCUCGCUGCUCAACAACGUGCGCUUCCUGCUGAACACGGGGGGCAGGAGCGGUGAUAUUCGCAAUCUGCCGUUUGUGGAGGUCUAUCGUACCAGGGAAUUCCGGUUCAGGACGUUUUCUGCCGCCGGCGAGGAGGACUACAGUUUAGCAGGGUCUUGCCAGCCGAUUUCCCCGCCAGGAGAGAUGGCCAACACCAACACCUCAACAGAGUUUUCUAGCUGGAAUUGUGAUGGCGAAGUGGUUACCGACUUGGACAUUACCAUGAGAUCGCACUGUCAGCUCAUCGACGUCUUCAUGCGAGGGCCACAUUCCUACAGCAAGCCCCUCAAGGGUGGUACCACGCCCACAACCCCGGCUAGCUCCAGCGACAAUGUCUAUUGCUGCUGCAAGGACUAGAAGCUUUAACCACAUAGAAUUAGCAUUAAUCAUUGGCCGUGACAAGUAGCUCGUAGUUUUGCGUAGGGUAUCCUUAUUCGUAUUCGUACCGUGUUAAAGAGCGGGUCUCCCCGUCAUUGUUUUUAGCAUAGCUCAAUAAAGCAACUGAUAUUAUCGACUGUA